AUGAUGUGGAAUGAUGAGGAUAACAAUCCGUAUGGAACGUCUUUUGAACGACGUGAUUCGGCUGCCUCAUCUAGCCUUCCCUACCUUCAGUCUUCCAAUUCUCAUUCUCAACUUAGUUCCGGUGAUUCCUCUACGUUCGCAGCAGAUGACGACGACCAAAGAUUCAACGACACACGUCCUCAACAAGAUGCAGAUUAUACUGACAGCGAUAGAGAAGGGCCAGAUUCUCUACCUACUACACAAGUCAAAAAGAAAGCUAGCUAUGAAAGUCGAAUUGAGCAGAUACUUUAUGAGAAUCCAGAACUUCCCAUCUUUAUUGUAGACGCCGGAAAGAGCCUAGAGAUGGGAAUUUCCAUGGCUAUUCAUGGGCGAUCUGCUCACAUGAAAAAGGAUUUGGAAGUUCGUCGAAGAUAUUCAGAAUUCGCAUCCCUUCGAGAAGCGCUCUCAAGGUUGCACCCAACUUUGGUAAUACCGCCAAUACCAGAAAAGCAUACCAUGGCAGAUUACGCAGCAAAUCCAACGCAAGCAAAACAAGAUCAACAAAUAAUUGACCUAAGAAAGCGAAUGCUGGCCGUCUUCUUGAACAGGUGUAAGCUUAUGGAUGAGGUGCGAAAUGAUGGUGUCUGGUGGAGAUUUCUUGAUCCAAAUUCAAGCUGGAAUGAAGUAAUUCAUUCCCACCCUAUAUCCUCUAUUCCAAAAUCAAUUAUGAAAGCACCCCCCUUAAAUCCUGCCAAUCCUCUGCCCGCUCAUGCUUACCUUCCGAUUCCCGCUUCAACAGCAAGGCUAAAGGCUGCGUCCCAAGGAAUAACAAACGCCCAAGGCAUGAUAACAUCAACUGAUAUCAAUACUAAUUCACCAAAUAAUUCUCAUUCAAGAGUCAGACCUCCAUCUAUCGGAAGAUUUCCAAACGACAAAUUACAGUUAAGUGACGCUGACCUCGACCCUUUUUUCAUUAAAUUUGAAGCACUGAGUAAAGAAUUGGAAUUGUUACUCACUGGACCCUUGGAGAGGAUUAAUCGUCGAACGUUGAAUCACCUUUCUUCACUUUCAUUAGAUUUUGCAGAGCUUGGUGCUCGGUUUAACGGAUUUGCACUAUCAGAGGCGUCUAGUUCCUUGGCAGCAGCGAUUGAGAGAGUAGGACAAGCGAUCGAUACGUCAUAUCUAGCAACGGAGGAGUUAUCAAGCUCCCUGGGUGCGAGCUUCGCAGAGCCUAUGCGUGAAAGUGCGCAAUUUGCGAGCGUUGUUCGAAGCAUUCUAAGAUACCGUGUUCUUAAAAGAGUUCAACAAGAAAUGACAAACGAAGAAUUAAUAAAGAAGCGAAUACUCCUCGAGUCGCUUGAAAGGAGUGAGAUAGAAGCGAAAAGAAUCGAAAGCUAUCUCAGCAGUGCUAGUAAUUCUAGAUUUCCCAGCUUUUCAGGUUCAGCGAGUACAGAUCCGUCUGUUAGACGGGAGAGUCAACAGCCCCAUGGGUAUAGACCUUCGAUAGAAUCUGAUUUUCCACCUACACAUGGUGAUAGAACAACUGCCUCUGUUGGCCAAGGCGAAGCAUCGUCAAAGGAGCACUUUGCGGCUCAUAGAAAAAACUCAAGCGGAAGUUACAUUGCAAAUAAAAUAUUUGUACGACUCAGUCAUGCUGUUCAUGGUGUAGUAGACGUGGACCCAGAACGUACAAGAAGAGAUCUCAUAGGAAAGACUAAAGAGACAAUUGGUCAACUCGAACAAGCCAAAGAGGUUGCCGAGCAAGACGUAAAAGACGCUAGUUAUGGGAUUCUCAGAGACUUGAAGAGAUUUCAGGCUGGAAAAGAGGAUGAUCUAAGACGAUACAUGCUUGCAUAUGCAAAGAGUCAGAUUGAAUGGGCAAAAAAGAAUAAAGAAACUUGGGAUGAAGCAAAAGGUGAGAUACAAAAUAUUGAUGAAAAUUGA